AUGUAUUUAUUACCAAAUCAAUCGGAUCGUUUCGAUGGAGACGAAUUUCUGCACGAAUUACGCGUCUACUAUCAAUGCAAAUACUCAGAGAUCCCACACGCACAAAUCGGUGAAAGGCGUGCACAAUUUCGACGCGAGUUCGACAAUGGACGAGUGAGAGUGACAUUCAACAACGGGAUCGCGCCCGCUUUCUGCUUAUCGAAUGAACGAAACUUCGCGAAUGGAAGAUUUUCGAUCAUUUCCGAGCCAUUUCUUUUCAACGGUGUUUUGGUGAUUGCUCGCGGUUUCAUCGACGAAAAUUCACUCGAGGGACGGGUCAGAAUUGAGAGAACCGAGCCCAUUGGAAAUGUGAUCGAGCCAAGUACAGCACAAUUAAACGAAAUGGAUCGACUCUGUGCUUUGUAUGAUAUUUCAUCGAGU